AUGUCUCCCAUUAUGGUGCAAAAAGCUGAAGAUCACGUUGCAUUAGCUGCAGGGGCCAAAAAUGUGCCAUUCACCUACACCGAUCCCCUUUCAGAAGUUCCAACACUUUCUGUUGUUGAGACAUCAGCUGAUGGCUCUACUCCUAUCAUUGACAUGGAAGCCCUUCUCGGUCCUCAGCGCUCUGAGAUCAUCCAACAGAUUGGCCUUGCAUGCGAGAAGAAUGGCUUUUUUGCGGUGAAGAACCAUGGAAUUCCAGAAAUGAAGAUCAACAACAUGCUAGACACGGCAAAACAGUUCUUCCACUUGCCGGUUGAAGAAAGGUUGAAAUUUCGCUCAGCUGACCCUAACAGUGUCAUCAGGCUGGUUACUGGUUUUGAAGAUAAGACCAGGAAUAUCUUUGUUUCGAGGCAAUCUUUGAAAUUUCACUGUCAUCCUGUCGAAGAUUACCAGAACCACUGGCCCUCAAAUCCUCCUUCUUUCAGGGAGAAAGUUGGUGAGUAUUGUGCAAGUGUUCGAAAGGUGGAGGUAGCAAUACUUGAGGCCAUAUCAGAGAGCUUAGGCCUGGAAAGAGAUUACAUAGACAAAACAUUGAAAGGACAUUAUGUGUCCAUCAAUUACUAUCCAGCUUGCCCGGAAUCAGAACUAGAUGCCACUUUUGGAGUCAGGACUCAUACUGACCCAACUUUAAUCACUAUUCUGAUGCAAGAUGAUGUCCCUGGGCUUCAGGUUAUUAAUGAUGACAAGUGGAUCGAUGUUAAUCCUAUUCCAAAUGCCGUCGUUGUCCACGUCGGAGAUAUGCUGCAGGCACUUAGCAAUUGUAGAUAUAAGAGUUUACUUCAUCAAGCUAUUGUGAAUUGUGAGAAAGAGCGUGUAUCCAUUGCAAGUUAUUGCUAUCCAUCAGAUGAUGCCAUGAUAGGACCCGCUAAGAAGUUGACAGACAAUGAUCAUCCAGCAAUCUAUAAAGAUUUCACAUACAGAGAAUUCCAUGAAUCCAUGUGGCGAGUAAAAUGUUCAACUGCUAAGCGCUUGGACCUGUUCAAGGUUGAAAGCGAAUGA